AUCAAAUACACCGAGCUCCCCGACUUUGACGAGGUCUUCGCCGCCGGCACCGCCGCCGGCCUCGUCCCCAUCCGCUCCAUCACGCGCCGCAUCGCCCCCUCGACCCCGGGCUCCCUGUCCGCCGCCCGCGCCGGCGCCCCGCGCCUCAGCGCCGCGGCCCCCGGCGAGGAGACGGUCACCUUCAUCCCCGACGCCCAGGCCGACGCCGGCCCCGUGUGCCUGCAGCUGCUGGGCGCGCUCAAGGGCAUCCAGUCCGGCAAGGCCGAGGACGCCUUUGGCUGGCGCUUCGCUGUUGCCGAGGCGGACGGGGCCAAGGUGCUGGUCGAGGCGAAUGGCGCGUAG